AUGGGGUUUCUCACCGACCAUCAGCACACCGCCAUCACAGACACGAUAGAUCGGAUUGUAUCGUCAGAAAACGUUACUUUGGAGGUAGAACUCGCGGCUUUGAUACAGCAAAUUCGUGCCGGAAAGGGCGAUUAUGGGUACAACGGCAACCAAAGCGAGGCGGCCCGGUGUCUGCGGAAAAAACUCAAGUAUGGGAAUCGGGUUCAACAAUCGCGUAGUCUGGACCUCUUGAACCUAUUCAUUUCGCAGCGUUUAAAGUUCUCGGAAAUGUACAACGACGCCAAGCUGCUGGACAGACUGCAGGUGAUCGCUUUGCAAACGGGCACUGACGCCAAUGGACAGCGUUACCAUGUUCGUGUGGUAAAAAAAUGCAUUGGCUACAUUCUGGCGUGGUACGCGUUGAUAGAGGAUCAGGGCCCCAGUCGUAGUUACGAGGCUUUAUAUGAUCUGGGCCGCAAAGUGCGGAGCAAAUACACUGCAAGGCCACGUUCCACACCAACGAGGAGACGAAAGAAUUUCAUGAACGACGAGGCAGACGCUUCGAUGCUCAUGACAGCAGACGAGCGGUACGGUAUACCACAGAUAGACAUGGCUCAAGAGGGACCGCGCAUCCGAUUGCUCAUUAGCGACGCGCUGGCUUCUGCCAUCUCUUUGAAAAACGGCCUGAACUCCCUGUCACCUUCGGCUAAGAGCACGGAAAGCGAAGAGGUGACUGCAAAAUUCAUUCAAGCCCGUGCUGUUCGUCGCAAAGUGCUAAGAUACCUACAAUUGGUGGCAGAGGGCGAAUAUUUGGGCAGCUUAAUUCACGCCAACGAGGAGUUGGUGUCAGCAUUGGGCCAGUACGAUGAGCGCAGCGGGGAAGUAUCCGACGACGAGUUUCUGUAUUCGGAUGAAAACGAAGAUGAAGAGGAAGACGAAUUUUCUGCUUUAUCGUCAUCGUACUCAAGAGACGUGGAACGUGCCGAUUCGAACAACCCUUUUGGCGACCAGAACCGCAUUUGA